AUGGUGCAGCGAGUCGUCGUCGAGAACGUGAUAGGGCAUAUAACGGGUCGGUACGCGCGCAAGUUGGAGAGAGAAUUCCGGAUAAACAGCUACUUCCCGCAGUCGGUCACGGGCACCGGGAGCACCUUGUUGGGCGCGGUGCACGGGUCGAAGUACACGGUGGAGAGCUACGCGCAUGCGUUCAAUGGAUUGGUAGGCACGUGCUCCAAUGUCAUCGAGGGAAAGCUGUUUCGCUUGCCCAAGCUGCUGCUCUUGCCCGGGAUGCUAAUGAACCAGCCCUGGCUGGUCGUCACCGUUCUCCCCGCCAGUGUAUUCCUGGACGUGGGCCGUACCAAGGUGGUGGGAAGUAUGACCAAGCGCAUUGAGAAGAUGUCCAAAGAGGUCCAGGAGUUGGCGAGCAGGCGGCAGAAGAUGGAGCAGCACGACACCAAGCACGAAGAGUUGAUACGCCGCGGUAGCUCCAGUGGGUUCGCGGAGGGCCAGUGGCGCGAGAUUGCGAUGGAGAUAGAGGGGAAAGCCCUACGAACACAGGCACUCAAGUCGCUGCGGGAUUUCAUCAACCACCUGUACCACAAGGACGCCCUGGAUCCUGGCUUCGAGGUGGUGAUCUCGUGGCUUCUGCAGUUCGGUCACAUCACGGUGACCGACAUCUUCCUGUAUUUGAGGGUGGUGCAGGACGCGAUCGACCUGCUGCUGACCCGCUUCCGCAUGGACGCGCGCCUGGCCAGCAUGCGCACCGAGGUCGACCGCGUGCGGGACCUGCUGGGCCGCCUGGCGGCCGUGCGGGAACGCGGCCGCGCUGCGUGCGACGUCAGGCCCGAGGGCGGCGAGGGGCACAUCGGCGGCCUGCGGUACGCGCGCGGCAACACUGUCGUCAGCAUCCCGGACCUCGUUUUGCGCUCCGGCCGCGUGUACGCGGUGACGGGGGCCAACGGAUGCGGCAAGAGCAGUUUCUUCGGCAUCCUGGCCAGCUGCGGCCGCCUCGCCGCCGUCUUGCCCAGCGGCCUUGAGAUCCAAGAGCUCGGUGGGCUGGUGCUGCCCUCCGACGACGUCGUCGAGAUCACCCAGCAGCUGUACUGCCCGCUCCACGUCAGGCCCCUGGAGUGGCUGCUGCAGCGGCGGGGCCUCGACGGCCUGCCGGCGCCCGAGCUGGCGGCGCGGCAGCGCCGCGCCGAGGGGCUGCUGGCGGAGCUCGAGUUCGGCGAGCAGGGGCACGCCGGCCGCCUCAACGCGUCCGCCCUGCUCGCCCCCACGGAGGACUGGUACGGCACGCUCUCCGGGGGCCAGAGGGGCAAGGUCGAGUUUGUCAGGAAAGUCUUUCUGCGCGACCGCUGCCCGGGCGUGCUGCUGAUCGACGAGGCGUUCGCCCCGUUGGACCCGAGGUCGAAGCAGUUGGUGCAACGCAGGCUGAAGGAGUUCUGCGCCGAGUCCCUCGUGCUCGUCAUAUACCACGGCGACGCCGACAGCAGCUGCGUGGCUGGUGGGGGCUUCUUCGACGAGAGCCUGCACUUCGCCAACGGCUCCGUGAGCCUCGCGCCCACGUGCUAG